AUGUUCAGAAGCUAUUUACAUAUCCUCAAACCCUACAAAUUUCAGCCGUAUAAGUGAAUCGAUGGAAGCAGAUUAUCAGAAGCAGCAAAAAUAAAUUCUCCGCUCCACUUCCAAAACCUCUCAGAACGUCGAGUUUACAAGCAAAAAUCGGAGCCGCCUGAAGUCUCUUUCCCUAAAAUCAGUGUCAUUAACAAGGCUGACAUAAUUUAA